UUCUUGUUUCCAGACAGUUUUUGCCAGUUGUACUUGUUAUUAUAAUGACAUAAUUUAAUUAAAUAUAUGUAACGUAUCGAGUGUGAGUUUGAAAAGAUACAUUUGUUUCUGGAAAACUGAGACUCAAAGUGAAAUGAACAAACGUUGCUGCCAAAUGGGUGUAUAGGACACAUAACACAUGUCUAAUACACUGAGAAAAAAAUCAUACAAAUCUGUACCUUAUAAGUACUUUUAAGAAAUCUAAGUGUCUAUAAGUUCUAGGUCUGUUUUGAAUAAACAGAAAUUGGAGAGUAGAGACUGGUUUUAUUGUCCACUAUUUAUAUGAUAAAUUAUAGGUAUGAUUUUUGCAAGAAAAGCACUGUGAAACACCAGUGGAGACUGAGAGUCAAAGUUACAUUUGUGUUUAAAGUUAAAAGGAAAUUAUUAAAGUGGUAUGUAUCAUUUUUACAAUUACCCUUCAUAACUGACUUUAAAAAUUAACCAGUUACCAUUUCUGAAACAGAAGAAAGAAGGUUUUUACUGUUUUGAGUGAAACUGAGCGUUAUUGGUAUGCCAGAUAAAAUUUCUAGUUGGUGUCUUACUAACUUCAUAAUAAAUUCAAUAAUAGCAAAAAUAUUUGCUUAUCUUCGGGGUAUAAUUGUGCAUGAGCUGAGCAUGAUAUCUUUUCUGUGCUGGAAUGUGAGCUGCAGGAGGACAGGGAUUGUUAGCUGUCUUGUCAUGACUUUCUCUCCAGUGUCUGCAGCAGUGCCUGGAGCAUUAGUUAUUUAUUGAAUAAAGGGAUACAUGAUUCUAACAUACACACUGUUUAACAGAAAGAAGUGUUUUACAUUUCACAGUGAUACAGUUUUUAAGAAAAAGAAAAGGGCUUUCAAAUUACGUAGUCACUGUUUACUAAGUUAAAAUAUACUGCUUCCUAUAAUAUACACUAGUUUAUAAAUUUCUCUCUUCAGUGAAAGUGUCAAAGUAUAGGAACCUUUAAUGCCCACAUUACAGUGGUUAAGAAUUGAGGAACUGUUUGGAUUCAUGAGCUCCAAGAUUUCCUGUGUGGCCUUUUUCAAGUUACUUUAUUUCUCUUGUACUUCAAUUUCCUCAUCUAUACAAUGGUGAUAAUCAGGCUGUUACAGGAACUGAAGGAGUGCAUACAGGUAAAGUACGUAGAAAAUGCCAACCAAUGUAGAAACACUCCAUAGAUGGUUAUUAUCAUUACACCUGUGAUCUGUGUGACUUAGGCAAAUUACUGGAAACAGGUUAGAGAGGUUAUAUAAUCUAUAAGAUGUAUAUAUACAUAUCAAAUUGUGGUUUUUAAGCAAGGAAAUAUGUGCAAAGUAACCUAACUCAUAAUAAGUCUUCGAUAAAUGUUAGCAAAAAACCUAAACAACAUAUUAUGCUGUGAGAGAGAACUCUCAUUUAUUUAAGAACUGUUGACAACUCAAAUGAUUUAAAAAAACACUAUUUGUAUAGGUACAGACUGUCUUGCCCUUGCCAGUUAACUUUCUCAUGAAUUGGAAAGUCAUUUUUUAAAUCUCAUAACAAAAUUUAAAAUGAGUUUCAGAAUAAAGAAAGAUAAUUGAAUUUUAGUCUGGACAAGUUAUGAAACUCAAGCACAAGCACUACAUUGUAGUCCUUGGUUUGAUGACUUCUUUCCAGAAUGCUAAGCCUUUGGUGAAAACUGGUUUUCAGAAUAAUAAAAAGACACUGAGUACACUCUUCUUGAAGGGGAGAGAAAAUGCUUACAUUAUGCAAGGAAUGCAGCUUCUUCCCGUGAUGUUUUCUCAUCUGAGGCCUUAUUAAAACCUAGUCUUGCUAUUCCUGGCCAUAUUCGCACCAGCUGAUGUCGAUAUAUAAGCAGUCCAGUGACAGGCUAUGUUAAGGAACUUGGCCUAUGAGAAUUCAGAAAGUAGAAACCAUCAUAUGCCACUGAUGUCAGACUAGACAUUUUCCCCCAUGUUGGUAAUGAUAGUUUAGAACAGCUCCCUGCUACUUAUGUAUUCUGCCCUGAAUUUUGCUAAGAUAAGACUUUUAAGGAGGUUUUCCCCUUCUUUAGGAGAGAUGCAGAUGAUGGAUAUGUUACAGCAAAAUAUUUGUGUAACCACUGAACAUGAAUGUAGCCAUUUAUUUGAUUAUUGCAGCAUGUGUUAAAGAGCUGCUGCUGCCCGUUUGCAGCCUAAUGUGUUUAUUACAGUCUUCCCAAUGGCAUCUUGAAGUGUCUUUCAGCUAAAAAAUUCAUGAGUAUUAUUGGCUUUCAGUCAGAAAAUGGAAUAUGUCUUCUAGUUACUAUCUAAUAUACCACUUUAAGGCCAUUAUACAAAAGUAAUCUAAGAGUAGACGAUACUGAGAGGAAGAAAUUUUUAGCUUAAACAUUUGUUUAUACACUGUUAUUACUGUUCCUGGACUAAGACACAGCAUAAGAGAAGGUAGGUGCUAAAACCAUUUUACCUAGAGACUAGUUGUAGUUGUAGGAUAUGUUGCUCUCUUUAAUCCUCUACCUAAUGAUAAAUGGCUAGUGUUUUAGUAUUGAAAAAUCAUAUCCUAAUAAUAGUGGUUUGUGUCUAUCUUACUGUUAUUUUAAAAAGGCAAAUGUACAGUAAACUGAUCUAAACUAGUAAAGUUGAAAACUUACUUGAAAACAAAUUUUAGAUUUUUCUGGAUUUAUUUGAAGUAAGUCCUCUAAAUCUUGGUAACUUAACUGUUGUUACUAUAUGAAUUAAUGUAAAGUUUUAUGAGUCUGCACAUUAAUCUGUAGAUACAGAUUAUAGUAUGUGAGGCAGAUUAAAAUGUUACUGUAUGAAAACCAAGAAGCACUACAGUGUUAUGUAAAGAUGAAAUUAAAAGAGACCUUAUGAUCUAGUAAAAAAGAGUAAUGACACUUGGGUAGAAAUAAUACAUAAUUUUACUAAGUAAAAAUUUUAAAAAUAUUGUGUCAUGUCCUCUAUCACUGUUAAGUGCAUUACUAGUUUGCCAAUGGGGAGCAAAGUUUGAUUUUCUAUGUGCUGUCAUCCUAGCAUUUAGUAAAUCCACAUAGUUCUACUUCUGUUUUAUUUGUCUGUGUGAUGAUUCUUUGUAUGAAUCAACAGUGUAUCCCUGAGUAGUCUGUAUAUUUCCUGCAUAGAAUAUUUAUUCAACUGUUGCCAGAAGUUGGGAUCUUGCCAAAAUAAUGUCUGCUUUGGGUAAUUUCGACCAAUUAACCCUAUUUGAAAAGAGAUCUUUCCCCUCCUCUAGCAAUUGGAUGUCUUCUGUAUCAUCUUACUGACUUCCCAAGUUUGGCUUACUUUCUGUUCUACCUUUCUCAGGCAUCUACAGCCAAGGAGCACAUUUUGUUUAUUGAAGCAUUAGAUACUAUGUUUUUUAGACUUAUCAGAGCCUGGCCCAGAAAUCUUGCUUUUAUGCUUAUAAGGGGAUCGCUCUUGGAACACAGUAUACUUUGAAGGAAAAACUGUUGCCAAUUUAGAAUGAGCAAAUGUUUUCAUUUGUGGGAAAGCAAUAGUGGAUACAGCUUUAGCUAUUGAGGUGGAAUUCUGAGAAACAGUGGGCUCUAAAAGAUUGUCCUUUUGUUGUUUAGUUUAAUAGAAAUGGAAGGGUAUUUAAGUGAGGUUUUAUAUAUACUUUUAAUAUUGCUUGAGCAUUUCUUGGUUUUAAAAGUUUGUAAAAGAUUAGAUUACAUGUUACACAAUUUCAUAUGUCUAUUGUAAAGAGAGUUCAGAAGGAACCUCGGAAGUCUCUCUCUAAGUCUUUCUGUUCUCAUAACGAGAGCUAGAUGAUUUAUCAGGCGGGUCCUCUUCAGGUAGACAUUCAUAAGAGAAGUUUUCCAGUAGCUCUUUCUAUGUCGUUUCUAACUUGGGGAAUUUCAGAGAGGGCCUAACUUUAAGAACAGUUAUUGGAGCUAGCAAUUGGGAUAGAUGUUCGAUCACUUUAUUAUGUUUGGUGUUCAGCAGCAGUAGUAUCCUUAUUCUUUAACUGAAUAUGUUCUGUAUAUAAUGCAUCUGGCAGUUUUACAAGCCUUGUUUGGAAGAUAGCCUGUCUUGAUAAAAGAUAAAAUGCAUAUUAUCGUUUACAUAAAUUAUGGAUGAUUAACAAGCUUUAAUAGUAUGAGACUGUGUGGAGAGCAAAGCUUUGUUAACUUGUAAGUUAUAUUGGUGAAUCCCGUGAAAGAGUACAUUUUUGAGUUGUGUUGAGGUUUAACAUUUUAUUUUGCUUUCUGUCAUUAUGCUAAGGAUUCAGCUGGUUUUGUUCACCCCUCCCAGAAUAUUGUUACUUUUUAGAGAUAAAAGUUACUAAUCAUAAGGCUGUAACUCUUCCCUACUGUCUAGCUCAUCCAAGUUGAUAUCAAGGGAUGUAAGGGAGGAUGUAUGGUCACUGUGAAAGCAGGGCUAUUGUGUUGUUACAGAUAACAAGAAUGGAUGAUUUGAAACUUUUUUUCAGCCUUGUCCUUUUACAACCCCCAACAUCUGGUAGAAACUGGUUUGCUCUCAAUGACUGUAAUUACCAUCAAAUACAGCCUGAGAGUUUACUUGUGUCAUUUUCAGUUUUUGUGAUUUACAUUAAACAGUUUCAGCAUUGAGAGUGAGAUGCUUAAGAAUUUUAAUUUCAUGUGAGUGUGCAGCAAUUAUAAGAAACUAUUAAUUUAGGGCUGGUUACCAAAUGAAAUUUUAGAACCUUCAGUGCUGCCCUUUAGUAUUUUCCAUCUCCUGCCUUUACUCUGGAAAUGAAUUUUUUAACUUCAAUCUACAAAAGUGCAUCAAAAUUCCUCUGUCCAUAUCGUUUAUUUUAGAUAUUUCUCUAUGAGCGAAUAUAUGCUAGAAUGUACAUUUAUAUAGAAAAAGUAAUGUAUAUAACCUAGAAGAAAGUCAUUUUUAUAACUUAUGUAUCUCUCUCUGAUUUUUAUUUGCAUCACUUCUGCGUUGCCCAGUAUUUUGAGUGGGGGAGAAAUGAACUCACCUGGCCCCACCUCUUGUUUCGGUGUGAAAUACUGACACUUGCUGCCAGCCCAGCCUCCUCACACAGGGCAUCAGAAAUAUCAGACAGUCCUCUAGGUUAGAGCACCUCAUUCAUGAGGUUCUCUAUUAUUUAUUUGACUCUCCCACUAAAACACAGGGCAUAAAUUUAUGUGUCUGCUCUAGGACUGCAGCUGCCUGUCAGCCCCCGUCCUCCUGCUCCCUUUCCUGUGUCAGUGUUACAUUCUCUCCCCGGUUUUGGUCUCAGGUCUGUCUCCUUUUUGUUUUUAUGGGUGAUUUGCAAUGAUUUAGGGCACCCCUGCGUGUUGGCACUUCCUGGAGGUUACCAGGAGGCAGCCAUCCUUCCUUGGCUUGGCCAGGCAUUCCCGACUCCACCUCACUUUUCCCUUGGUGGUGGAAAGGUUGGUAGGAGGUGUGUACUGGGGCACAUAGCCCAGGAAUAGUGCUCUGAGAAGAGGAUAUGUGCAUUAGACACAAAAAUAUAAGGAAGCAAUUAUGUUCAUCAACCCGAAAGUUGCAGAUUUUGAGGAAAUGUGUUUAAGAUACCACUACAUAAUAUAAAGGGAAAACUUGGCAUUUAAAUAACUUACUUCAAGGGUAAAUUAUAUUUUCAAUCUACAAAUAGAGUGGUUUUUAAGCCAACCUUGAGUAGGUACAAGCAAAUUAUAAACAGUCUGCUCAAAUGAUUUUACUAUACUUAGACUAGAAAAUGGCUCCUUAUCUCCCUCCCUCUGGUCCCUAUGUCCCAGUGCUGUCCCUCAUGUGUUGCAGUUGUUUGUGUAUGUAUUUCAGAAUAUUCACAGGUAAAUGAUACAGAUAAUGUUAAAUCAUCCUCAAACUGGGUGUAUAUGACUUUAGGUAAAACAGUCAUUUCCUUUAAUUGUCUAUUGAAAGCUUUCUGAUCUUUCUGAUAAUACUAUACUUUUUAGCAAUACUUUUGGAGGGGGGGAAUAGCCAUUUUAACAGCAAAACUUGCCACCUAUACCUACUGUAUAGGGUAUUUUGCUAUGUUAUAUAUUGAAGGCUAUAUUUUAAUGAUAGAAACUUUCUUAAGUUUGUAUGACUUCUAGAAAGCUGCUUUGAGAGUGAAAAUCUCCUGGGUCAUUUGUUGAAAGCUUACUUAGACUGGAUGUGUAAUAUUUUUUCUUACAUCUCAUGAUUGAAACCAUGAGAAUUGUGGUUCAGAGAGAAGUACUGAAGUGAAUGUCUAUAAGGUAUCAUUUGAGAAGGAUUCUGGAAUUUAGGGUUUUGUUGUUGUUAUAGAGAUGGGAUCUUGCUGUGUUGCUCAGGCUGGUCUCCAACUCCUGGUCUCAAGUGAGCCUCACAUAGCUAAAAGUGGUGAAGCUUGGACAUGAAUACUGGCCCUUAACUUCUCUGCUAUCCUGUCUCUCAUAGUCUGCUUCUUUCAUAGUAAAUAAAUACAGAUUAUACUUAUUAUCAGGCCAAAAUUGUGACCACAGUGUGGGACAUAGGGACUUGGUUGCAUUGCUCCAACCAGCAAGAAGCUUGGGUGUCAGCUUUGAGAAUUAUUCCCUUCUGUGUUACCUCUUAAAUCAACUGUGUACCAUUGGUGCAGCCUCCCUAAAUGGAUACAAUAUUUCUUCAUUCUGCUUACAUAUGGCUCUUUAAAAAAAAAAAAACUAACUCCACUGCGCUGUUGUAUCAGAAGUGGCCAGAAGAAAUUAGUGUAGUACAGCUGAGACUGGGCAGCCCAGAUUACAGGGAAGAAGCGGCCUAGCGGUUUGACUGUUGCUGAUAUGUGUUCAAGAUGAGUGGGAUGGGAGAAAAUACCUCUGACCCCUCCAGGGCAGAGACAAGAAAGCGCAAGGAAUGUCCUGACCAACUUGGACCCAGCCCCAAAAGGAACACUGAAAAACGUAAUCGUGAACAGGAAAAUAAAUAUAUAGAAGAACUUGCAGAGCUGAUUUUUGCAAAUUUUAAUGAUAUAGACAACUUUAACUUCAAACCUGACAAAUGUGCAAUCUUAAAAGAAACUGUGAAGCAAAUUCGUCAGAUCAAAGAACAAGAGAAAGCAGCAGCUGCCAACAUAGAUGAAGUGCAGAAGUCAGAUGUAUCCUCCACAGGGCAGGGUGUCAUCGACAAGGAUGCGCUGGGGCCUAUGAUGCUUGAGGCCCUUGAUGGGUUCUUCUUUGUAGUGAACCUGGAAGGCAACGUUGUGUUUGUGUCAGAGAAUGUGACACAGUAUCUAAGGUAUAACCAAGAAGAGCUGAUGAACAAAAGUGUAUAUAGCAUCUUGCAUGUUGGGGACCACACGGAAUUUGUCAAAAACCUGCUGCCAAAGUCUAUAGUGAAUGGGGGAUCUUGGUCUGGCGAACCUCCGAGGCGGAACAGCCAUACCUUCAAUUGUCGGAUGCUGGUAAAACCUUUACCUGAUUCAGAAGAGGAGGGUCAUGAUAACCAGGAAGCUCAUCAGAAAUAUGAAACUAUGCAGUGCUUCGCUGUCUCUCAACCAAAGUCCAUCAAAGAAGAAGGAGAAGAUUUGCAGUCCUGCUUGAUUUGUGUGGCAAGAAGAGUUCCCAUGAAGGAAAGACCAGUUCUUCCCUCAUCAGAAAGUUUUACUACUCGCCAGGAUCUCCAAGGCAAGAUCACUUCUCUGGAUACCAGCACCAUGAGAGCAGCCAUGAAACCAGGCUGGGAGGACCUGGUAAGAAGGUGCAUUCAGAAGUUCCAUGCGCAGCAUGAAGGAGAAUCUGUGUCCUAUGCCAAGAGGCAUCAUCAUGAAGUACUGAGACAAGGAUUGGCAUUCAGUCAAAUCUAUCGUUUUUCCUUGUCUGAUGGCACUCUUGUUGCUGCACAAACGAAGAGCAAACUCAUCCGUUCUCAGACUACUAAUGAACCUCAACUUGUAAUAUCUUUACAUAUGCUUCACAGAGAGCAGAAUGUGUGUGUGAUGAAUCCGGAUCUGACUGGACAAACGAUGGGGAAGCCAUUGAAUCCAAUUAGCUCUAGCAGCCCUGCCCAUCAGGCCCUGUGCAGUGGGAACCCAGGUCAGGACAUGACCCUCAGUAGCAAUAUAAAUUUUCCCAUAAAUGGCCCAAAGGAACAAAUGGGCAUGCCCAUGGGCAGGUUUGGUGGUUCUGGGGGAAUGAACCAUGUGUCAGGCAUGCAAGCAACCACUCCUCAGGGUAGUAACUAUGCACUCAAAAUGAAUAGCCCCUCACAAAGCAGCCCUGGCAUGAAUCCAGGACAGCCCACCUCCAUGCUUUCACCAAGGCAUCGCAUGAGCCCUGGAGUGGCUGGCAGCCCUCGAAUCCCACCCAGUCAGUUUUCCCCUGCAGGAAGCUUGCAUUCCCCUGUGGGAGUUUGCAGCAGCACAGGAAAUAGCCAUAGUUAUACCAACAGCUCCCUCAAUGCACUUCAGGCCCUCAGCGAGGGGCAUGGGGUCUCAUUAGGGUCAUCGCUGGCUUCACCAGACCUAAAAAUGGGCAAUUUGCAAAACUCCCCAGUUAAUAUGAAUCCUCCCCCACUCAGCAAGAUGGGAAGCUUGGACUCAAAAGACUGUUUUGGACUUUAUGGGGAGCCCUCUGAAGGUACAACUGGACAAGCAGAGAGCAGCUGCCAUCCUGGAGAGCAAAAGGAAACAAAUGACCCCAACCUGCCCCCGACCGUGAGCGGCGAGAGAGCCGACGGGCAGAGCAGACUGCACGACAGCAAAGGGCAGACCAAACUCCUGCAGCUGCUGACCACCAAAUCUGAUCAGAUGGAGCCCUCGCCCUUAGCCAGCUCUUUGUCGGACACAAACAAAGACUCCACAGGUAGCUUGCCUGGUUCUGGGUCAACACAUGGAACCUCGCUCAAGGAGAAGCAUAAAAUUUUGCACAGACUGUUGCAGGACAGCAGUUCCCCUGUGGACUUGGCCAAGUUAACAGCAGAAGCCACAGGCAAAGACCUGAGCCAGGAGUCCAGCAGCACAGCUCCUGGAUCAGAAGUGACUAUUAAACAGGAACCGGUGAGCCCCAAGAAGAAAGAGAAUGCACUACUUCGCUAUUUGCUAGAUAAAGAUGAUACUAAAGAUAUUGGUUUACCAGAAAUAACCCCCAAACUUGAGCGUCUGGACAGUAAGACAGAUCCUGCCAGUAACACAAAAUUAAUAGCAAUGAAAACUGAGAAGGAGGAGAUGAGCUUUGAGCCUGGUGACCAGCCUGGCAGUGAGCUGGACAACUUGGAGGAGAUUUUGGAUGAUUUGCAAAAUAGUCAAUUACCACAGCUUUUCCCAGACACGAGGCCAGGCGCCCCUGCUGGAUCAGUUGACAAGCAAGCCAUCAUCAAUGACCUCAUGCAACUCACAGCUGAAAACAGCCCUGUCACACCUGUUGGAGCCCAGAAAACAGCACUGAGAAUUUCACAGAGCACUUUUAAUAACCCACGACCAGGGCAACUGGGCAGGUUAUUGCCAAACCAGAAUUUACCACUUGACAUCACAUUGCAAAGCCCAACUGGUGCUGGACCUUUCCCACCAAUCAGAAACAGUAGUCCCUACUCAGUGAUACCUCAGCCAGGAAUGAUGGGUAAUCAAGGGAUGAUAGGAAAUCAAGGAAAUUUAGGGAACAAUAGCACAGGAAUGAUUGGUAGCAGUGCUUCUCGGCCUACCAUGCCAUCUGGAGAAUGGGCACCACAGAGUUCGGCUGUGAGAGUCACCUGUGCUGCUACCACCAGUGCCAUGAACCGGCCAGUCCAAGGAGGUAUGAUUCGGAACCCAGCGGCCAGCAUCCCCAUGAGGCCCAGCAGCCAGCCUGGCCAAAGACAGACGCUUCAGUCUCAGGUCAUGAAUAUAGGGCCAUCUGAAUUAGAGAUGAACAUGGGGGGACCUCAGUAUAGCCAGCAACAAGCUCCUCCAAAUCAGACUGCCCCAUGGCCUGAAAGCAUCCUGCCUAUAGACCAGGCAUCUUUUGCCAGCCAAAACAGGCAGCCGUUUGGCAGUUCUCCAGAUGACUUGCUGUGUCCACAUCCUGCAGCUGAGUCUCCGAGUGAUGAGGGAGCUCUUCUGGACCAGCUCUAUCUGGCCUUGCGGAAUUUUGAUGGCCUGGAGGAGAUUGACAGAGCCUUGGGAAUACCUGAACUGGUCAGCCAGAGCCAAGCAGUAGAUCCAGAACAGUUCUCAAGUCAGGAUUCCAACAUCAUGCUGGAGCAGAAGGCGCCUGUUUUCCCACAGCAGUAUGCGUCUCAGGCACAAAUGGCCCAGGGUAGCUAUUCUCCCAUGCAAGAUCCAAACUUUCACACCAUGGGACAGCGACCUAGUUAUGCCACACUCCGUAUGCAGCCCAGACCGGGCCUCAGGCCCACGGGCCUAGUGCAGAACCAGCCAAAUCAACUGAGACUUCAACUUCAGCAUCGCCUCCAAGCACAGCAGAAUCGCCAGCCACUUAUGAAUCAAAUCAGCAAUGUUUCCAAUGUGAACUUGACUCUGAGGCCUGGAGUACCAACACAGGCACCUAUUAAUGCACAGAUGCUGGCCCAGAGACAGAGGGAAAUUCUGAACCAGCAUCUUCGACAGAGACAGAUGCAUCAGCAACAGCAAGUUCAGCAACGAACUUUGAUGAUGAGAGGACAGGGGUUGAAUAUGACACCAAGCAUGGUGGCUCCUAGUGGUAUGCCAGCAACUAUGAGCAACCCUCGGAUUCCCCAGGCAAAUGCACAGCAGUUUCCAUUUCCUCCAAACUACGGAAUAAGUCAGCAACCUGAUCCAGGCUUUACUGGGGCUACGACUCCCCAGAGCCCACUUAUGUCACCCCGAAUGGCACAUACACAGAGUCCCAUGAUGCAACAGUCUCAGGCCAACCCAGCCUAUCAGGCCCCCUCUGACAUGAAUGGAUGGGCACAGGGGAGCAUGGGUGGAAACAGCAUGUUUUCCCAGCAGUCCCCACCACACUUUGGGCAGCAAGCAAACACCAGCAUGUACAGUAACAACAUGAACAUCAGUGUGUCCAUGGCGACCAACACAGGUGGCAUGAGCAGCAUGAACCAGAUGACAGGACAGAUCAGCAUGACCUCAGUGACCUCCGUGCCUACGUCGGGGCUGUCCUCCAUGGGUCCCGAGCAGGUUAAUGAUCCUGCUCUGAGGGGAGGCAACCUGUUCCCAAACCAGCUGCCUGGAAUGGAUAUGAUUAAGCAGGAGGGAGACACAACACGGAAAUAUUGCUGACACUGACAGUAGCCAGUUGCUUCUUCAGCUGACCGGGCUCACUUGCUCAAAACACUUCCAGUCUGGAGAGCUGUGUCUAUUUGUUUCGAACCAACUGACCUGCCAGCCGGUUCUGCCAGAGCAGACAGGCCUGGGCCCUGGUCGCCAGGGUGGCAUCCACUCGGCUGUGGCAGGAGGAGCUGCCUCUUCUCUUGACAGUCUGAAGCUCGCAUCCAGACAGUCGCUCAGUCUGUUCACUGCAUUCACCUUAGUGCAACUUAGAUCUCUCCUGCAAAGUAAAUGUUGACAGGCAAAUUUCAUACCCAUGUCAGAUUGAAUGUAUUUAAAUGUAUGUAUUUAAGGAGAUCCAUGCUCUUGUUCUGUUCCUGUUCGGUUCCAGACACUGGUUUCUUGCUUUGUUUUCCCUGGCUAACAGUCUAGUGCAAAAGAUUAAGAUUUUAUCUGGGGGAAAGAAAAGAAUUUUUUUAAAAACUAAAGGUGUUUUAAGCUAAAGCCUGAAUUUGGGAUGGAAGCAGGACAGACACCGUGGACAGCGCCAUAUUUACAGACACACCCAGUGCAUGAAGACCAACAAAGUCACAGUCGUAUCUCUAGAAAGCGCUAAAGACCAUGUUGGAAAGAGUCUCCAGUUACUGAACAGAUGAAAAGGAGCCUGUGAGAGGGCUGUUAACAUUAGCAAAUAUUUUUUCCUUGUUUUUUCUUUGUUAAAACCAAACUAGUUCACCUGAAUCAUGAAUCGAGAAGAAAUAAUUUUCAUUUCUAUAUUAAGUUCCCUUUAGUUUGAUCAGACAGCUUGAAUCAGCAUCUCUUCUUUCCUGUCAGCCUGACUCUUCCCUUCCCCUCUCUCAUUCCCCAUCCUCCCUACUUUCAUUCAUUUUUUUAAAAAUAAUAUAAGCUACAGAAACCAGGUAAGCCCUUUAUUUCCUUAAAUGUUUUGCCAGCCACUUACCAAUUGCUAAGUAUUGAAUUUCAGAAAAAAAAAAAAAAUGCAUUUACUGGCAAGGAGAAGAGCAAAGUUAAGACUUGAUACCAAUCGAGCUAAGGAUACCUGCUUUGGAAGCAUGUUUAUUCUGUUCCCCAGCAACUCUGGCCUCCAAAAUGGGAGAAAACGCCAGUGUGUUUAAAUUGAUAGCAGAUAUCACGACAGAUUUAACCUCUGCCAUGUGUUUUUUAUUUUGUUUUUUAGCAGUGCUGACUAAGCCGAAGUUUUGUAAGGUACAUAAAAUCCGAUUUAUAUGUAAACAAGCAAUAAUUUAAGUUGAGAACUUAUGUGUUUUAAUUGUAUAAUUUUUGUGAGGUAUACAUAUUGUGGAAUUGACUCAAAAAUGAGGUACUUCAGUAUUAAAUUAGAUAUCUUCAUAGCAAUGUCUCCUAAAGGUGUUUUGUAAAGGAUAUCAAUGCCUUGAUUAGACCUAAUUUGUAGACUUACGACUUUUUAUUUUCUAAACCUUGUGAUUCUGCUCAUAAGUCAUUUAUCUAAUCUGUAUGAUAUGCAGCCGCUGUAGGAACCAAUUCUUGAUUUUUAUAUGUUUAUAUUCUUUCUUAAUGAACCUUAGAAAGACUACAUGUUACUAAGCAGGCCACUUUUAUGGUUGUUUUUCUUGCCCACUCUGGUAGGGGAAUAAUCUUUUAUUAAUGGGUGUCAGUUUCAGACAACUGCAAUACCAAGAAACUGAUGACCUUUUUUGAGCUAUUUCUCCUUAACCCCUAAUACCUUUCUUACCUAAAUUUCAGAAUGAUAUCUUUUUGAUGUCUAAAAAGCAAAGCAUUUUAUAAUAUCUCAUUAGCCAGGCUUUUUAGGAACAGAGAAGUUUUUCCUUGAAAUGUGAUUGUUUAUUUGUGGCAGGGUGAAAAAUGUACAAACUACCCCUAUUUAUAUUUAUAUCUCUCUCUAUAUGUACAGAUUAUGGAAAUAUAGAAAGAGAUAUAACCCAAAGAUAGAUGGUAAGUAGACAGUCUGAAAAUGUUGCUCCAUACUAAAGAAACUUUCUGGAAAUUUGCAUUUCGCUACUUUUUUUCCACUUGAGAGGGAUCUCAAUACAGGGAGGUGGCCAAGGAACAGCACUUCUCAGUGGCCACCAGUUCAUAUAUCCCCUCAAAAGGCUCUACUUUUCUCCACCAAACCAUUGGGUUGCCCAACUGUGAUGAAAAAAACAAGCAGAUGUUGGCCCAGAACUCCAGGACCUCCCCGUGUGCUGAGGCUCACGUGGCAUCCAAUUCAGUGUGACCAGUUUUAAUGUUUAGAAAUAUGUGAAUUAGAAUGAUUUUUAACUUCACACAGCACAAAAAAGAAAUGGAGUUUAAACUGGAUUUGUUUUUAGUUUCAAGUCCCUUUUCACUACAACACCGUCCAAAACUAUCUACCUAUCUCUUUUUUAUCCAUCUGCCCACUGUAUUUUAAUGUCAAUCCUAAUUCAGACAAAUCUGCAACCUCAUGAUACUGGUAAUUUAUAAUAAUUCAUAAUCAUUGCUGUUUUGAAGGAAAAGAUGAUAAAUUCUCUUAUGGUUUCGAUCAGGUAAUGGAUUUUUGUUUUACAUCUAAUUUGGACAAGAAAAGUAAGUGAAGGAAUCCUCUGAUCAUAUUGAUCACUAUAGAAGCAAAAGCCAAAUCAGUUCCCUUCAUUAUCAGUAUUUCUCAUGCUGUACACAAUAAAUUUGUUAGACUGAGUGCUUGGUUUUUGUUUAAUAGAACAAAUAAUCAGUGUUUCGCUUAUAUUACUAAAUGUGAAAAACAUAAUGUGAAAAGUAUACAUACAUUAACUUGGUUGUAAAACUCAUUUAAGUGUUCAUGUAAUGUGGUAAGUUUAAAAAGUGAAGUGAGCUGUUUUACUACAAUGAAUUCGUUUGACUCAAAGAUUAAUAUGCCCCUCCCCCUAUGUGUAUCUCUUAUGGCCUGUAAUAAUUGAAAGCAAUGUUUUUGCAGUUUAUAUAAUGCAAUUUUUAAUCUGUGUUCAAAAAUGGAGUUCAUAUGGGCUUAACACAUGAAAUGGGUGGCACAGAUCCACUUGCAGAACCCAAAGAUACACAAUCAAUUUUGAAAUGCAACUUAAGCCAUUAAUUGUUGGUGUGAAUUUAAAAUUUUCUAGUGUUUGUAUGGUAGUAUGCUGCCUAAGAGCAAAGCAUUCUCUGCACAAAAGAAAAUUACUGUAGUGGCUUCGAUUUUAAUUAGAAUUUUCUCCCUGGUGUUUCUUUAUAGACUAAAACAAAAUCUUUUAAGUUUCUUACUACAGGUAAAAGCUAUGUGCAAGAACCUCAAAAUGCUAAAAUCUAGCAUAAUGCCUUAGAUCUGUUUUUAAGUCUUGUAUAUUCCUACAUAGCUGUCCGAUGUAUUAUAUUUGUAUAGUGAAUUGUGUACAAUUUUUGAAUAAGUGCAUCAUCACUUAACCUUUAUGUUGUUGAAUAGUGAUGAUGAUACAUUUCUUCAAGCAUUUAACUGUCAUUUUUUUUCCUUUGUCAUUUGUGAGUUUUAUUUGUACAGUUCCUCAUGAAGUUGCAUCUGAGAUGUGUGUAUAUGAAAAGAUUAUACAAGGGUAAAAUUAAGCAAUAUAUUAACUAUGGUUCUUCAGGAGAAAGCUUACAGUGUUUCAGGUUGUGAUUUAUUUUCGAAAUGGAGUUGACUCUGAACAUCACUUUGUUCACCUGCAUUGAUGUUUGUAUUUCUAGUGUGAGCAGUUUAUGCAAAGGUAGAUAUAUUCAGAGAAAUUUUAAAUACAUUUAUGCAAGUUAAUAUUGCUUUGCUGAUGCUAUUUGCUUAUUUGAUGUUAAAUAAUGCUAUUGUAAAUAAAGAAUUCUGUUGUUAUUGCAUCAUUUAAUAAAUUUUAAUGCCUUCGGGUUUUACAUGGCUUUAGAGA